UUUGAAGAGGAUAAAGAAAGGUGACGUAAAAACGUGAGAUUUAGUCAUUAAUAAAAAUAAUAUAAAUAAAUAUAAAGUAUAUAAAUAAUGGAAUUAAUAAAACAUUCGUGGAAAAGAUAUUUAUUUUUAUAUAAUCCACACUUGAAUCCAUUAAUAAAACAGCGAUUAAACAAUAUAAAUCUUCAUAAAGCAUUUAUAUCAAGGGAUAUAAGUUCAUUAACAAAUAAAAAUGACAAGUUGAUGGAAGAUGAUGUCAUAUUUAAUGCGAUAGGUGUAACUGAUGAAUUGUCUUCGUUCAUUGGACUUGCACGUGAGUUUGCUUGUGAAACGACAGUUCAACAUCCUUAUGUUGAUAAAUUAAAGCGAGUGCAGAUGAUAUUAUUUGAUAUCAACAAUGCGAUUACCAAAAUACAAAAAUCAAAUAAAGUUAACUCUUUCAAAAUAAAACAUACCCAAGAUCUUGAAGAGUGGAUUACUGAGUAUGCUAAUCAGUUACCUCCACCAGAAGAUUAUAUUAUACCGGGAGGUGGAAAAGCAUCAGCAUCUCUUCAUGUAGCGCGAACAAUAUGCAAACGUGCUGAAAGAAGUAUAACGCCGCUAGUUUAUAAAGGAUUUUUAGAUAAAGAAGCUCAAAAUUAUUUAAAUCGUCUCUCGGAAUUUUUAUUCACCGUAUCACGUAUUGCUGCUAAAUGUGAUCAACGCACCGAGAGUAUUUAUAUACCACCCGCCGAAGCUUAAGACAAAUAAAAAAAAUAUAAAAUUA